ACCCCCACGGUGUGCCCUGGGGCAUGUGCCGGGGAGGUGGCAGACCAGGAAAGGGUGAGUCAGGCCUGGGAGUAGCUGGAUUAAUCUUAAGUGCCGAUAAAAGUCGAAGAGGAAAUAAAUGAGUGAGGCAGCGUCAGUCAGAGACGGAGCCGUCUGGGGAAAACCGAAUAGGAGCAGACGGGAGUGGCCGCCGCUGGCGCCGGGACCCAAAACCCACCUCACCAAGGGCAGGACUUCUCCUGACCUCUGCUUCUUGGUGCCAUGAAGCUACUGGACUCCUGGGUCUCCUUAUGGCCAUCCCUCUUCAUCACCCUUUGCCUGCUGGUUAUCCUGACGGCCUCUGCCUUAUUAUGCCUGGACAGCCAGUUCCCCAUCCUAGGGUGGAGGAACCCCUCGCUCAAUGACCCAAGGCAGAGUCCAUCUGCUUCCAGCACGGAGCGGGGCAUGUGGACCGUUAACUCUGCUGGGCGCCUGGGGAACCAGAUGGGGGAAUACGCCACCCUCUACGCCCUGGCCAAGAUGAACGGGCGCCAGGCCUACAUCCUCCCGGAGAUGCACCAGCAGCUGGCGCCGCUCUUCCGCAUCACCCUGCCCGUGCUCUCCAGCGACAUGGUCCAGAACAUCCCGUGGAAGGACUAUGAGCUCCACGACUGGAUGUCGGAGGAGUACAGGCACAUCGAGGGGACCUUCUACCACCACCUCCGGCAGGAGAUCCUCCAGGAAUUCUCCUUCCACGACCACGUCAAGGAGGAGGCCAACCGGUACCUGGCCGGGCUGCGUGGGCAGCGCCGGAACGUGACCUACGUGGGCGUCCACGUCCGGAGGGGGGACUACGUCCGGGUGAUGCCCCAGGUCUGGAAGGGGGUGGUGGCGGACAAGGCCUACCUGGAGAAGGCCAUGGGCUACUUCCGGGCCAAGUACCAGGAGCCGGUCUUCGUGGUGACCAGCAACGGGAUGGAGUGGUGCCGGGAGAACAUCGACGCCUCGCGGGGGGACGUGUAUUUCUCGGGGGACGGGAAGGAGUCGUCGCCGGGGAGGGACUUUGCUCUCUUGGUCCAUUGCAACCACACGGUCAUGACCAUCGGGACCCUCGGCAUCUGGGCCGGUUACCUGGCUGGGGGGGAGACCGUCUACUUGGCCAACUACACCCUCCCCGACUCUCCCUUCCUUGAGAUAUUCAAGCCUGCGGCCGCCUUCCUGCCCCAGUGGAUCGGGAUCAACGCCGAUCUCUCCCCGCUGUGGAGCGGGAAUUCUGGCUAAAGGAGCUAAGCCGAUGGGAUCCACCCACUGUCGCGUGGCCGAUCUGCCCAGGACUGGACACCUGGAAUCCCCGAGCCAGUGACCUACAUCAAUGCUGGGAAUCUUCACAGUGAUGGA